UUCAACCUGCAACGUCACCCAACGUGGACGCGGCCGGACGGCCGGCCCUUGCUAUCCUUGAGCGCACGCCAGGACUUGCAAAAGUGGCGUCACGACAGGGAUCACAUGAUCCACCACCAGACUUACGCCGCCUUUGUCCGGAGAUACGUCACUGCCAUCGUGACUCACGAGAACGUGACGGACGCGAGUGCGAACGGCUUCCACAGCGUGGACAACAUCGUGCACCGUGUCGUGACCGCGGAGGCGACUGUGCUCGCGCUUUCGUCGUUGUUGCCCGAGGAGGACCCGGACCAGUACUACGCCAUCGUUGACCUUUCGCUGCAGAACGGCUCCAUUCCGUCGACGAUUGCAUCACCGGAAGCGGAUGUCAUUCGCGAGACGGCUGUCGGACAUCCUGCCAUGCUGGCGUACAAGGACUUCCUGGAAGCCAGGAUGGCUGCGUCGGAGCUGUCUGGCUACGUCACGUGGGAGGUUGUGCGACAGCUUGGUCCGCUGGCGGAUCAAAAGCUUUCUCACGGCACCGUGGAGGGCAAAUGCUUCGACGCCGUCUACCAUUUGAUGCCUUACCCUAGCGUGCUGCCCUACCUGAAACAACUGGACUCGUCCAAGGGAUGGGAAGAGGCCGAUCUGGUGUACCGUGACGUUACCGAGACUCUCAUCCGCUUCAUGAGGAGGCGUGGCUUCGAGCUUCCGCACUCCAACGUCAGCUUCAUCCUGGACCUUCCCAAGGGGAAGCCAGUUGGACGCCUUCUAUGGUGAACUCCCGCUGCACGAGACAUCGCAGCAGCAACAGCCUUUCCUUGAGACGUACCUGGCCACACUGUCCCGGAUCCGAAGCAAGGAGAUCUUCAGCAUCGCCCACGGAGACACUGUGUUUACCUACCCUAUGCCCCCUCCGCAAAGCGGGAAAGCACAGGUCAGCAGCCACGGGAAGAGCCGCGUCCCGCUAACUUGGUUGCUCCCGCCGCGGUUCGGCGCCGACAUGCCUCCCGCGCUCAACGACGGCGGGCUGGGCAUAGGCCUAGCGGCGGCCCUAGCAAAGUCGUCCUACCUGGACCGGUCGUGGCUGGACUGCCUCGCGAACUUCGAGCCCCGAGCCGACCUGCAGGGCCAGGACUUCGCUCUGGCUCGCCUCACGCUCGUCGCCGAGGUCGUGGAAGAGUUCGUUGACCUGCACUCCGAGCUGGCGAGGCCUCUGAUGUUGCCGACCUUGGAGUCCAUGAGCGAGGACAAGCUCUUCUUCGUCGGUGCCUGCGUCGGGUUCUGCGCCAGGGGCGACCCCCAGGCGUCGCACCGGUGCAACGUGCCGGCGAGGAACUUGCCUCAUUUCGCGACGACCUUCGAAUGUCCGGCGGGAUCUUACAUGAACCCCCAACGACGUUGCCCUUACCCAAAUAAGACUGUGAGGGAACGCUAAGAACGUGUAAUUUAAAACAUGACCAUUAUCUGUGUGAUUCAAUGGCUGGAAGUGCUAAAGUGUUUUCGUGUGUGUCCACUUAUUCAUGAUGUUUAGUUUGUAAGGAGGCUUUACUGACGGUCCGGAAAAGUAACAACGUUGUCCCUAGCACAACACUACUUUGAGGGGACACUAACCAAGAACGUGUAAUUUAGAGCUUGGCAGGUUUCCUCAUGAAAUGAAACAGCAACUGUUUAAAAUGUCUCUUUCGCCAUUCAAUUAUUUAUUUAAUUUAUCCUUUUUGUAAGGAAUUCUUGCAUCCCACGGAUGACACUUUCUAUUUUCAUCUGCAGUCCCGAUGACGUCACGAAAUUCACUAUUUUCCAUGCAUUGAGCCUUUUUUUUUUCGCAGAAGUUCCCCAACGCUGUCAGUGCGAGUCUCGGACUGCUUUAGGAGGCAAGGUAAUCUUUGUUCACAGUUAAACAAAUAAAUAACCCCGAGCAGGCACUCUCAAGGUCUGUGACGUCAUCGUGAGCGAUUCUGGGUGCUGCG